AUGUCUUCCGCCAACAACAUCGCUUUCACGGCCCCGAUCAACCCUUCCGGGGCCGCCCCCGUCCUCACGCGCAAGCAGAUCUGGGCCGGACUGCUCCUCAAGAUCCGCUCUGCUGAAACAUUUGUCCCGGCCGCUAUUCAAUCCACCAAAGUCGUGAGUGAAUCGCUCGAUCCAGCGACCGGAAAUCCCGUCACGGUGCGCGAAGUGCUUUUCCGCGAAACCCAGCGGAGAGUCCAGGAAACUGUCACGGCCUUUGAAGACUGUCGCGUGGAAUUUGCCCAGCCCGAUGGAAGCCGAGUCAGCAACGUUAUCAGUGAAGGCGCGGGCGGCGAGUUGUUCAUGACGUAUAUCUUUGAAUGGAGACAUCCCGGUGUCUCGAAGGAGGAAUUGGCAGCACUUCAUGAGAAGGAGAAGAAUAUGAGCCAGAUGGCGGUUGAGGGUACUAUCAAAGUUCUGAGGGAGUUGGUCCAACAGCGGAAGCUUUGA